UUUCAGCCAAUAAGGUUGCGAUCUGCCUCUCGUUGUUGGCUGUGGGUGUAACCGCUCAACAUUUGUUAUGGAAGAUGUCAUUCGUGAGAGGAGCUAUGAUGACUGCGUCAAAGUCGAAAGUAUUGAACCUCGCUAGGGCAUUGACUCUUCUGUCCGAAAACAAUGUGGGCCAACAGUUACAUCGACUUCCUCAAAAACACGUUUCCGUUUACACGACGGGGCUUCGUCGCUUUAGCAGCGCCUCUACCCAGCAGAAGCCACCUGAAGUACAACUCACCGAGUCGUGUGUGAAGAGACUCGGGGAAAUCAUGGGGAAGGGCGAUUAUCUGAGAAUACAUGUGGAGGGAGGAGGCUGCUCCGGGUUCCAGUACAAGUUUUCUGUUGACAAUAACAAGAAUGAAGAUGACAGAGUGUUUGAGCAGGGAGGAGUGGGCAUUAUUGUUGACCAGGACAGCCUGGAGUUUGUGAAAGGAGCUACUCUGGACUUCAGCCAGGAGCUGAUCCGCUCCACCUUCCUCGUGCUCAAGAAUCCUCAGGCCGAUCACGGCUGCUCCUGUGGAAGCUCCUUCUCAGUCAAACUAUGACCCUGCAUCAAUGUUGCUUGAUACCCUGAUUUACCAGUUUAUGUACGAAAUACAAUUAAUUACCAGAGGCACUUUUAAACUAGUGCCUUCUAACUAUUGGUUUUGUAGGUGUGAAACAGUUAAACUGAAUGAAAGUAUGGGGUAUAUAUUUAUCGUUGUGUUAUUUUGCAGAUAGAGACAGUCUAUGCUAAUUGGUAGCUAAAUUCACAAUAUUGAACUGUAAUCAUCAUGCAUUCAAUCCGAAGCAAAGGCUCAAUUGAGGCGUUUGAGUCAGCAGUGCAGAGGCUUACCCUUGUUGUAAAAUAUGUAAAUAUGCUAAAACUAUGAUUGCAGAGAGCUACGCUAUUGUGUAUUUGUUUCAUCAUAAUAAAAUUGAGUGAAUUUCAGAUAUGUA